AUGUCCAUGAAAAAGUUGCAAGUCGAGAUAGACAGACUGUUGAAGAAAGUGAGCGAGGGCGUAGAAACCUUUGAGAACAUCUUUGACAAGAUCAAUUAUACCAACAACGCCAACCAAAAGGAAAAAUACGAGCAAGAUUUGAAGAAGGAAAUCAAAAAGCUGCAGCGACUUCGAGACCAAAUCAAAACAUGGCUAUCAUCCAACGACAUUAAAGACAAACGUGCUCUUCUAGACAACAGAAAACUGAUCGAAGCUCAAAUGGAGCGAUUCAAGCAGAUUGAAAAGGAGAUGAAGACAAAGGCCUACUCCAAGGAAGGUUUGUUGCAGAAGGAACGUUUGGAUCCCAAGGACAAGGAGAAAGCAGAUGCUUGCGAGUUUGUCACUAAUGCUGUGGACGAGCUGUCAAGACAGAUUGAGCAUGAGGAAUUCGAAAUCGAACAACUGGAGGGCUCGAAGCGUGGCAAUAAGAAAUCAGACCACCAGCGUGUGGAGCGUGUGCUUGAAAUGGAGCACUUGAACGAAAGAAGAAAAUUUCACAUCAACAGACUGGAGCUCAUUUUGAGAUUAUUAGAGAAUGAUCACCUGGAGCCUGAGCGUGUCAAUGAUUUCAAGGAUGCGAUUCAGUAUUAUGUCGAGUGCAACCAGGAGCCGGAUUUCGAGGAAGAUGAAGGGUUGUAUGACGAGUUGGAUCUGGAAAAGGAGGAGGAAUUGUACGCAAUCCGAACAGACGAAUUUCAUAAUAAAUCUGACUCUGAAGCAGAGGAUGAAGGGGGUGAUGGAAAUGAUCAUGAUCAUUUUUCCUCGCUAUCCACGCCGGUGCAUAGCCCUAAAAAGUCUUCUAAAUCAAGCCCUAAAUCAUUACAAGGUGAGGUGGAGUCAAGUACCGCGAAAACAACAAGCAGAGAUGCAUCUUCUACGACAUUCUCCUCUAACAACGCUCAAAGCAUGUCACCCUCCACCAAAUCAUCGGACAAAGUGUCUGCUUGGAACGAACCACCCAAGAUUGCUGAUCAAUCGAAAUCGCCGUCAUCCUCCAUUACGUCUGACAAACGAGCUCUUAUAUCCAGCCCAUAUUCCGCAACAACAUCCAGUACGAGCGAAAAGGACCUCAAAUUGCCCGCAUCACUCACUGAUUUAGCACCAUCGUUUGAGCUGAUUAGAAACAAGAGCAAAGCUGAUCUCCACUACACAAAUCAGAUGCUGGAUGCUAGUUUUCAGCAUGUGCCUGAUUUGAUUGACUCGGAACGACCAAAAGUAUACCAACCUCGCAAUCCAUUCAGCAACCCCAGCUAUUACCCACAACAACCGCUCAUUAUAUUCGAUAACCCAGCUCUUUACGAGAAGUUUGACAUGAAUACACUUUUUUACAUUUUUUACUAUCAACAAGGCACAUAUCAACAAUAUCUGGCAGCGAAAGAAUUAAAGAAACAAUCUUGGAGAUUCCACAAAAAAUAUUUGACAUGGUUCCAGCGACAUGAAGAGCCAAAAAUCAUCACCGAGGAUUAUGAACAAGGAACCUACAUCUAUUUUGAUUACGAAGGUGCUUGGUGUCAGCGAAAGAAAACAGAGUUUAGAUUUGAAUAUCGUUACCUGGAAGAAGCUUGA